AGUUCACCCCGCGGCCAGGCAGCGCGGCAGGGCCCCGAACUGAGGCUUGCGGCGCGCGGGGGCAGCCCUGCCCAGGGAACUGGGCGAGCGCAGGUGUCUUGGCCAGGCGGCCCGGCAAGGUGCCCAGGAUGGAAUGACUUCGUGGAGGGACCCUCUGGUAUGUGUGUCCCUGUCUGGUUGGCAUGUGGAUGGUGCCUAGGACCCAGCAGGCAACCAGCUGAAGUUGUUCUCUUUGGAAGCUCUUGGCCCCAAGGGCCUUCUGGCCUGGGGUCCUGGUCCUGCCAUGGCGUUCCGGCGGACUGAGGGCAUGUCCGUGCUCCAGGCUCUGGCCAUGACGGUGGCGGAGAUCCCUGUGUUCCUGUAUACGACCUUUGGACAGUCUGCGUUCUCACAGCUGCGACUGACCCCAGGCCUGCGCAAGGUUCUCUUUGCCACGGCCCUGGGAACUGUGGCCUUGGCCCUGGCUGCCCACCAGCUGAAGAGGCGCCGGCGGAGGAAGAAGCAGGUGGGCCCUGAGGUGGGAGGUGAGCAGCUAGGCACGGUGCCCCUGCCCAUCCUCAUGGCCCGGAAGGUCCCGUCAGUGAAGAAAGGCUGCUCCAGCCGCAGGGUGCAGAGCCCCAGUAGCAAGAGCAACGACACGCUCAGCGGCCUUUCCUCCAUCGAGCCCAGCAAGCACUCAGGCUCCUCCCACAGCCUGGCCUCGAUGGUGGUGGUGAACUCAUCCAGCCCCACGGCCGUGUGCUCGGGACCCUGGGACGUCAGAGGGAUGGAGGAGUCUACGCCCACCACCGAUGGCAGUGCCGAGAGUCUCUAUGCUCAAGGCAUGGAGCUCUUCGAGGAGGCGCUACAAAAGUGGGAACAGGCCCUGAGCGUGGGCCAGAGGGGGGACAUCGGCAGCACACCCGCGCCAGGGGACAGCCUCCGGAACCCAGAGACUGCCUCAGAGGCACUGUCAGAGCCAGAGUCACAGCGCAGGGAGUUUGCGGAGAAGCUGGAGUCCCUGCUGCACCGGGCCUACCACCUGCAGGAGGAGUUCGGCUCCACCUUCCCCUCAGACAGCAUGCUGCUGGACCUUGAGAGGACCCUCAUGCUGCCGCUCACCGAGGGCUCGCUGCGUCUGCGGGCUGAGGACGAGGAGAGCCUGACCUCGGAGGACUCCUUCUUCUCGGCCACUGAGCUCUUUGAGUCCCUGCAGGCGGGAGAUUACCCGAUCCCACUGUCCAGACCUGCUGCUGCCUAUGAGGAGGCCCUGCAGCUGGUGAAAGACGGGAAGGUGCCCUGCCGCAGCCUCAGGACGGAGCUGCUGGGCUGCUACAGUGACCAGGACUUCCUGGCCAAGCUGCAUUGUGUGCGGCAGGCCUUUGAGGGGCUUCUGGAGGACCAGAGUAACCAGCUAUUCUUUGGGGAGGUCGGCCGGCAGAUGGUGACAGGCCUGAUGACCAAGGCUGAGAAGAGCCCCAAAGGCUUCCUGGAGAGCUAUGAGGAGAUGCUGAGCUACGCCCUGCGGCCUGAGACCUGGGCCACCACUCGGCUGGAGCUGGAGGGCCGCGGGGUGGUAUGCAUGAGCUUCUUCGACAUCGUGCUUGACUUCAUCCUCAUGGAUGCCUUCGAGGACCUGGAGAACCCCCCAUCCUCAGUGCUUGCCGUCUUGCGGAACCGCUGGCUGUCGGACAGCUUCAAGGAGACGGCUCUGGCCACUGCUUGCUGGUCCGUCCUGAAAGCCAAGAGGAGGCUCCUGAUGGUGCCCGAUGGCUUCAUCUCCCACUUCUACUCCGUAUCGGAGCACGUUAGCCCUGUCCUGGCCUUUGGCUUCCUUGGACCCAAGCCCCAGCUUGCUGAAGUCUGUGCUUUCUUUAAGCACCAGAUUGUGCAGUACCUGAGGGACAUGUUUGACCUGGACAAUGUGCGCUACACGUCGGUGCCAGCACUGGCAGAGGACAUCCUGCAGCUGUCCCGGCGCCGCAGCGAGAUCCUGCUGGGCUACCUGGGGACGCCAGUGACCAGCAGCAUUGGCCUGAACGGGGCACUGCCUCGAGAGAAUGGUCCCCUGGCAGAGCUACAGUAGUGGCAGGCACAGGCUGGAGGGGAGGGUGGCUGCCUGGGCCUCGCUCACAGGUGACCAGAGAGAGAAGGUGCCCCUCCCGCCCUUUGGGUUGGUAUCCAAGGGCCAUGGUGGCCCAGGGCAGUUGCCCUGAGCUUGCCCCCACCCGAUGCAUCUGGGAAUCCCCAAAGCCCAGAGAGCAAGUUUCCGUGGAUGGGGUCGAGCCCAGAGCCCACCUGACUGCCUCAGCGUCCCUGGGGAAGCAGAGGCUGGGGCCGGGGAGUGGGAGGGGAUGGCACUGUGGAGACUUGGGACAGGAGAGCCAAGGUGCUGUGGGUGUGGGACCCCUGGAGCUCCAACUACCCCAGGGCUGUCUACAGGGGGGGCAGGAAGUGGAGGUAAGGGAUGGGGAAUGUCCUGGCGCCCCGAGCUGGACGCACCCUCAACUGCGUGGCCAGUGUCAGAGUCCAGGCCUCCUCUGGUCAGUCCAGAAGGCCCACCCUGGCUGCCGCCCGAGAGUCUGCAAGUGCGCAAAGGGUGCAGCGGGGCACCUGUGACAACAGGCCAGGGCUGUCCAGAGUGGGACAGAGGCUGGCGUGCUCAGUGGUACGGUGUCUGCCUAGUGUAUGCAAGACUGGGCUCCACCCAGCACUGAAAAGAAAAUGAUUUUUUCCAGGACAGCGGGGGUGCUCCUCCUGUGCUCACUGUGCAGGGGCUGCCCUGACAAACCCACGCACCGUCCCAGGAUCUGUUCUCCCGCGUGCCCAUACCCUGCAAGGACCGUCAUUGCUCCUUCCACCUCUGCCACCACCAAAGACGAAGAGGUGGUGCUGGGUGCUCCAGGCCCCCCACCUCCCCCUGGGAAGCCCGGAAUUCCCUGGGUGGUGCUAGGCUUGGAGCUGGGGGUUCUGACCAGGGGUCACUCAGGCCCAUCACCUGUGCUGUCGUCAUAGCCCCAGGAGAGGGGCCAGGGACCAUGGUGGGGGACGUCAAGACUGCACAGCUGGACCACACCCCCCACCCCAUUAGGACAAGAAGCUACCAGGCAUUUUACCUUCAACUUGACGCACAAUGCUCUGGGGGCAGCUUAGGGGUGUGGAGCCCCCCUCGGGGCUGGCGCAACCCCGCUGGUCCUGUCCGUGCAUCCCGGUAGCAUCUGUCCUGGCAGCCCUGCAGACUCACGGCUCUGCCAGUGUUUUUGCCCGAGCUGGAAAGUUUUAUUUAUUGCCUUAACACUUUAUUUGGAGUUUCUGCCCCUUCCAGGUUCGAGACCUGCAGGAGAACUAGACUCCCAGCUUCCCAGUCCCGAGCUAGAGCACUGGCCCCGGGACCAGAUCCCUAUCCCUGGGAUGGGCAAGGGCUGCGGGUCGGGAGGGCUCACCCAAGGAGGGGGCUGGUGCAGGGUGAUGCUGGGCAUGCCUGUCAUCUCUGAGCCUGGUCCCCAGACCGGAGGACCCAGGGCAUUGGUGGCUCUGGCCCAGCCCCCCCCCCAGCCCCAUCCUCACAUUCUGUUCUUGCACUUACCCUGCGCUGUGAACGUAAGCCUGGGCUGUGGCCCGCCCGUCUGCCCUGAGUCACCGGGUCUGUUUACACGCCGCGCACUGCCUCUGACACGCGACCUGCUUCCAGCUUCUGUAUGGUGGAGCGUGUGCAUUGACCGCGAGUCCAAUAAACGACUGACACCGUC